UCGGUCGCGGGUGGACACAUACAUAAACUCACCGGUCUCAGUAAACUGCAUUAUUCCUUUACAGAAUUUCGACUAACAUAGUGGACUUAUCUGUUACUUUGUGAAUAUUACAAGAAAAUUGAAUCCUACUUAUUCCUUUCAACGUUCAUAAAAAAAGGAUCAAUCAAAACCAAAACAAUAUAUUUCCACCAAUAACAUAACACUGAUAAGUCAGCUGCAGAACGAGCGCUUGUUUCUGAUUGGUGGAUAUCGGCGCUGGUGUGACGUCUCUCCGACCUUAUAAAUAUCAGCGCGAACUCGAACCGACCUCUUUUCCACAGUGUUAAUUUAGGGGGCUUCUAUCGUGUUAUUUUUGUGAGCUAACUCUAAUUCAGAAUGCCGGAGACUUCAAAAAUGAAUGGAUAUGCAAAAACAAAUGGCCACAGCUAUGAUAUGGAAGAUGGAUCAGUGUUUUUGUUUACAUCAGAAUCUGUCGGCGAGGGACAUCCAGACAAAAUGUGCGAUCAAAUCAGUGACGCUAUCCUUGACGCACACCUUAGACAAGAUCCUGAAGCAAAAGUAGCAUGUGAAACCGUGACAAAAACGGGGAUGGUCCUUUUGUGCGGCGAGAUCACCUCUAAAGCAAAUGUUGAUUACCAAAAAGUCGUAAGGGAGACUGUGAAGCACAUUGGCUAUGACGACUCUUCCAAAGGUUUUGAUUGGAGAACGCUAAAUUUAUUAGUGGCUAUUGAAGAACAAAGUCCGGAUAUAGCAGGCGGGGUUCAUGUGUCCCGUGAGGAACUUGACAUUGGGGCUGGCGAUCAGGGCUUGAUGUUCGGUUACGCGACAGAUGAGACUGAAGAAUGCAUGCCCUUGACAGUGGUUCUGGCACACCGACUCAACCAGAAAAUCGCAGAGCUGCGACGAAACGGAGAGUUCUGGUGGGCUCGUCCUGACUCCAAAACUCAGGUGACUUGCGAGUACAUCUUCGCCGGCGGCGCCACUGUGCCGCAAAGGGUGCACACAGUCGUCGUCUCACUCCAGCAUUCUGAGAAGAUCACACUGGAGACACUCCGCGAGGAAAUCAAAGAGCGUGUGAUCAAGGAGGUGAUCCCCGCACAGUACCUCGACGAGAGAACCGUCGUGCACAUCAACCCUUGCGGCCUGUUCAUCAUCGGAGGACCUCAGUCGGACGCAGGCCUGACAGGGCGCAAGAUCAUAGUGGACACGUACGGCGGGUGGGGCGCGCAUGGAGGCGGAGCAUUCUCCGGCAAAGACUUCACUAAAGUGGACCGCUCAGCCGCCUACGCCGCGCGCUGGGUGGCCAAGUCGCUCGUCAAGGCGGGCCUGUGCCGCCGCUGCAUGGUCCAGGUUGCAUACGCCAUCGGCGUGGCGGAGCCGCUAUCCAUCACGGUGUUCGACUACGGAACCUCGCACAAGACCCAACAGGAGCUACUUGCCAUCGUUAAGAAGAACUUCGACCUCCGGCCGGGCAAAAUCGUCAAGGAGUUGAACCUCAGAGCACCAAUCUACCAGAAGACGAGUACAUACGGCCACUUCGGGCGAGAGGGCUUCCCGUGGGAGAGCCCGAAGCCGCUGGUCGUAGAAUGACUUCGGUCGUGAGCUUUUAGAACAUUGUAAAUAUUCCACCAGUAUAUAAACACUUAUCUAGGUGUGUCUAUGUAGCGAGAACGCGGGCGAGUCCUCGCGUCGCUGUUUACACGGUUUAUGUUCUCGAACCUCUGCGCUGUACCCGCCAGUCAGACUCGGCGGCUACAUCCACGAGAUUCGAUAUAAUAUUAAGUAUUCACUAGAUAUUAGACACAUAGGUAUAACAAGGUGCCGUCAUUACUGAAUUUGAGUUAGUUCAGGGGUAUAUACGGCAGUCCUAUCGUUUAAGUUUACAUUUUUAAGUUGAUGAAUUUUGUGAUGUAUUUUGUAAUUUUAUUGUAAAGUAGGUAUUGAAACUAUAACAUGAACUAUCCAGUGACUUCAUAUUUUAUUGCUUGAGAAUUAUGAUAUUUGAACUGACUUAAAUGAUGGACUGCCAGUCUCGAAUGUUCAUUCAUUGUGAGCUUUACAACGUAAGUAAUAUUGUCAGUAGAGUAGACUACUUCCCUGGGUGCGUCACAGUGGAGCGAGUGCAGGCGAGACGCAGACAUCUGUCUCGCUCACACUCGCUCACUGCAAAUGUAGUGCUGCGUGGAGAGGCGGUCCCCGGUUACAUUUUGUUUAAGCCGACAUAUAGCUGUAUUUAUUACAUUUAAGUAUCAGUGUACUGCCUCCUAGUGCUAUAAAUGAAUAGAUUUUUUAGACAUUUAUGGAGCCGUCUCCCGCGCAGCACAAUUUGUGUUGUGUUUCUGAAAAGGAAUGACGUGGAAAAGAGCCAUUUUGAAAACACACCGAUUCCUCCAGGGCAGUAGUGCACUGUGCAUUUAAUUCACCUUACAGAUAGAAUUCGCCGGUAGACAUAAUUAGGCGAAAUGCUAACCGUACAUUUAUGACAUUAGGGAUUAGCGUUUUAACUAUUUCGUAGCGCGGUUAGUAAGUAUUCGUGACUAUAUUUUGAUCUGUUUGGACCGAUUAAAGUUUGCAAUUAACGUACUGUGGAUUAUCGAUUUGUCAGAUUGUGGAAUUUAAAACUAAUAAAUCGUGUUCUCCCGCCACAUUAUCGGGAACAAAA